AUGGGAUCAUCAAAUACCUCAAACAAUCAACCUGCAAGCUCUAGUUCACUUCCGUCUCAGCCUUUACCCAACACCAAAGGAGGAAUCAAUGCCAUUACUUUGAGGUCCGGGACUACACUGCAAGAGAGGAGUCAUGAGGAGCCAAGCUCAAAAGAAGACGUUCCAGUUGAAAGCACUGUGGGGGUAGAGGACGCUGAAGAAGAGGAUGCAGUACAAGACAUGGUUGAAGAAGAAGCAGCUCAACCAAGGAAUGGAGCACCAAGGGAAGAAGAAGAAAUAAAAGGUGCCAUUCCUAUCCCAUUUCCACACCUUGCUAGGAAGCCCAGAAAGAAGAUGGAGCUAGACCCCAAGAUGGUGGAGAUCUUCAAAAAGGUUGAGGUGCGAGUACUUCAAGGUUCAAGCUGGGAUGCCUUCUCAAGAACUUACCCGUUUAAGAUAGAUGGCAGAACAUUGAGCUUCAAUCUAGAUGAAGCUAUGAAGCACCCACCGGAAGAUCACUCCAUCUUCCAGUGUGAUAUUAUUGAUGAAACUGUGGCUGAAGUCCAUCAAGAAGAAGUAGAAGAGAUGCACAUGGAGCAAGGUGCAAGUGUGGAGAAACUCUCUGAGCUUACUGAAGACACCUUGCCACCACAAAUAGCUCCUGAUGAUCAAGUGCCUAGCAAUGAGCAGAAAAUGGAGUUGAAGCCCCUUCCACCUCACCUCAAGUAUGCUUACCUUGAGGAUAAUCAGACGCUCGAAGUUAUCAUUGCAAGGGAACUCAUUUUCCAACAGGAGGAGCAGUUGCUUAGUGUGCUGAGAAGACACAAGAAAGCUAUUGGGUGGAGCUUGGCAGAUAUAGUAGGGAUCAUCUCUCAAGUCUGUGAGCACCAUAUAUUUUUAGAAGAAGGAACAAGGCCUGUUCGUCAACCUCAAAGGCGGCUGAACCCCACUAUUCUGGAGGUGGUCAAGAAAGAAGUGACUAGGCUGCUUGAAGCUGACAUCAUUUAUCCAAUCUCGGAUAGUGAAUGGGUCAGCCUAGUGCAGGUGGUGCCAAAAAAAUCUGGCGUCACAACAGUGAAGAAUGAUCAUGGAGAGCUCAUUGCAACUAGAGUGAAAAAUUCCUGGAGGGUGUGCAUUGACUAUAGGCGUCUCAACCAGGCUACCCGCAAGGAUCACUACCUGCUUCCUUUCAUCGAUUAG